UUUUUUGCAGCAUAUAAAAAUUAAAAAUAAUUGAUAACGAUUGUUCUUCGGCAUCCCCAAGAUCCGAGAUACCUCAGUCUGUCUGAAUUUCACAAGCAUUACAUGGUAUUAUUUGAUCGGGUACAAGAUCUUUCACACAUCUUUUGCAAUGGCAAAGAAGCUUCUGGAAGUUCGAACUUGAGCAGGAAGAGUCAAGACUCCCCCUUUAUUACUGAUACGCACAAAACGAUUAGCUAUAAACCCUAGACCUCCCCAAUUCUCGUAAACCCUGCUUCUUCUCCCGGUUUAUUUGCAUGUGGGGUACUUCAAAAUGUCUUCGUCCGAGAUUGAGGUUGUGUCAGCGGACUCCAAUGCCCUGCAAAACCCGAGCGGUGUGGCUGCGAUCGACGUGUUCUCCGCCUGCGCAUAUGGGGAUUUUGAAAAAUUGAGGAAGUUCGUCGAGGAAGACGGCGCUUCUCUCUCUCAACCUGACUCGAAUGGGUAUUACGCUCUCCAGUGGGCCGCUCUCAACAACUUCCCUGACAUCGUGCAGUACAUCAUUGUGCAUGGGGGAGAUGUCAAUGCAACUGACAAUGUGCAACAGACCGCUCUGCAUUGGUCAGCGGUUCGGGGAGCCAUUGCUGUCGCAGAUGUGCUCUUGCAGAAUGGAGCUCGGGUUGAAGCAGCUGAUGUAAAUGGGUAUCGGGUGUACCAGCUUUCACCAUUAUUUACAACCCUGAUCUCUGUGAGUAAGAAGCCUCAACUGUUGGCAGUUCAUGUUGCUGCUCAAUAUGGACAAACAGCUUUCUUGAAUCACGUUGUUGCAAAGUAUCAAGCUGAUUUUGAUGUACCUGAUAAUGAGGGGAGGAGCCCUCUUCACUGGGCUGCAUAUAAAGGAUUUGCAGAUACAAUUAGAUUACUUCUAUUUAGAGAUGCAUGGCAAGGCAGACAGGAUAAAGAAGGUUGUACCCCUUUGCACUGGGCUGCAAUAAGAGGAAAUGUGGAGGCAUGCACUGUGCUGGUACAUGCCGGCAUGAAACAGGAACUGGUGGCGAAAGAUAAUGCUGGAUUUACUCCUGUUCAGCUCGCAUCUGAUAAAGGUCAUCGGCAUGUUGCUCUUUUCCUUUCUAAUGCACAGCGGACUCACAGCAACAACAACUGUGUAAACAAACUUUGCCAUGGAAAGAUGGCGGAUAUAGGUUAUGCUCCUAUUCUAUUCUGCAUUAUAAUUAUUCUCAUGGUUCUCUUCAUCAACUCAGUUCUUGCAGCUCCUAAUCUUACAAAGGUUACCGCUGUUGUUGGACUUUGGGGAUGGACUGCUGUUUCUCUAGCGAUUGUUUCACUGAUUAUGUUCUACAAGUGUAGUAGUAAAGAUCCCGGUUAUGUGAAAAGGCAGGGAGAUGUCAGUAGUCAUAAAGAUACAGAGGAUCUUUUGUUGAAUAUUGAUCUAGACAGUUCCCCUAUAUGGACUGGUAAUUGGUCUCAAUUAUGCCCUACCUGCAAGAUAAUAAGGCCUGUUCGAUCCAAGCACUGCCCCACAUGCAAGCGAUGUGUGGAACAGUUUGACCAUCAUUGCCCGUGGAUCUCUAAUUGUGUUGGGAAGAGGAACAAGAGGGACUUCUUUGUUUUUCUUUGCCUGGGAACUUUGACAUCAUUGCUUGCUGCAGCAGUUGGAAUUCAAAGGAUUUGGACGGAGAUACCAGUCUUGCCAGCUGAAGAAACAUGGAUUCAUCAUGUGGUAGUUCGACAUCCUGGUGGUGUUGCAUUUUUGCUCGUGGACAUUAUUAUUUUACUUGCGGCCACUAUCUUAACUGUGUCACAGGCCACGCAGAUAGCUCGAAAUAUCACCACCAAUGAAUUUGCAAAUGCCAUCCGUUAUGGGUAUCUUCGUGGUCCAGAUGGGCGGUUUCAUAAUCCAUAUAACCAUGGGUGCCAAAAGAAUUGUGCAGAUUUUCUUAUUCGAGGCUACACAGAUGAUGAUGAAAUUGCUUGGCCUCCAUUACAGCAAGUUGCUAGGUAGAGUUAUCGCCAUGAUGUGCAGCUUUACAGCUAAGCUUGGCUUCUUGUUUUCUCCCCCAGUCUCGAUCAUGGUGGCCGCCUCACUCUAUUAUGGUCCUGUAUCUGUUGUUGUAUAAACCGUUGAUCGGUUAGGGAUACAACAGUCCAAUUUAUAGUUACCCAUGUGUAUUAUUGAUUACCAUCAGAUAGAAAAGAAAUAGAAUAUAUAUAUAUAUAUAUUUAAUUUCUGUACAAUGUUCUAUCCUGUAUUCCAAAAUUGACUUCGAGGAACCUGUUUAUACAAGUUCUCAUUAAUAAUGGGAAAAAUGAAGAGUUGAGCGUAAUUUAACAAA